AUGGACGAGGAGUGGGCGUUGCUGGAUCCUGACCAGAGAGCUCUGCAUAAGGACGUCAUGGAGGAGAAUCGUGGGAUCGUGGCCUCUCUUGGUAAGGCUCCUCGUGGGAUCAUAAUAUCUGUUUUUAAAUUCAAAACAGCUCUCUGUGACGAACCUCAUAUAUUUUCUUAGAAUUCAACAGCGCCCCCUUAAAACACUUGGGAUUACAAUAUUCCCACAAUAAACCUUGAACUGUGAAUUAUUCUUUUCACCGUGAAUGUUCUUCCUCCAGUUGCAGCUGCUUAAACAAUUAUCAGACCGGUCUGAAUUGCUCAGGCAAUUUUAAAUGUAAACCUCUGAGUUGUUAGGGAAGUUGUAGUAGCUCCUGUCAGGUUUUCUGUUUUUGUUUUGCUCCUGUCAGGCUUUGGUUGACCAAAGAGAAGACUGAUAUUGGAAACGGAGGGGAUGCCAUGAUGGAGCCAAACAAAAUCCAUUAAGAGAAGAGCCAGGCUUAUCAAAUCACAGGUUCAUCUAAGGAUAUCAGUUGAGACUUCCAGUUUGCCAUAAAAAUGACAAUAGGGCGAGAGCCCAGUUCCUAGGAACUGACUCGGAUCACCCCGGGGGUCGGGGAAAAGCGAGAAGGUGAGCCCCCCAAAAGCUAAAGAGGGUUUCUUGAGCCCCAAAAGCGUCCAGCAAUGGUGGGUAGUAAUGUUUAUCAAUUGACAGCAUUUGCAGAUGCCCUUGUAAUAACUGUGGAAGACCCUAGGGAAGGUAUUGGCAACCUAAGACCCAUGGCCCACAAGGGUUGUUUAACCAUUCCACGAGCCGCCCCGGAACUGAGCCACCCACUGGGUGAGUCCCCACACGCUGUUCUAAAGCGGCGCAGUGUGGCGCGGGGACUUGCUUCCGCUGCACCGGAAAUCGCGUCUGCACCCACGGAGGGAUCUCUGCUGGAUUGAACCGCCCAGGCAAGGUAAAUCUUGCUGACCCCUGCCCUGGGGUUAGUACAUUGAGGGUCUUAAAUUAGAUUUAUGAGUCUGCGCAAAUAGCAGGUUUCAAAUUGAACAAGGGUAAAAUGAAUAUGUUGGUGAAAAAUAUGCUGGAACAACAUAAAAACGAAUUAAACCAAUUAUGGAACUGACAAUAAAUAAAAAGGUCAAAUAUUUAGGAGUUUCAUUAACAAAUUCUAUAAAUCUCUUUAAGGAUAACUAUACAACUACCUAGAGAGAAAUAAAGACAAACUUAGAGUUUUGGGGAAUGACAUCUGUGAUAAAAAUGAAUGUAGUGCCUAGAAUUUUAUUUUUAUUCCAAACAAUUUCAGUGGUUAGCGGAACAGGACAUUUCAAAGAAUGGCAGAAAGAUAUUUCAAGAUUUCUCUGGCAAGGGGAGAAGCCAAGAAUGAAAUGUAAGAUGUUAAUAGAUUCCAAAGACAGAGGUGGCUUCUCCCUACCAGGUUUAAAGUUGUAUUAUGAGGCGUCCAGUAUUUGCUGGCUACAGGAGUGGAAUAUUUUUAAAAAACCAACCCCAGAUCUUUUAGCUAUGGAAGGACAUGGUGAUAGAUUUGGUUGGCAUGCAUAUCUAUUGUAUGAGAAAGUGAAGGUACACAGAGGAUUCCUGAAACGUGGUAAGAAAGUCAAUAGGUGAGGUAUGGGAGAUAUAUAAAAUUUUUUUAGAAGAGAAAACGCCGUGGUGGAUCUCCCUGCUAGAAGUGAUAUCAUGAAGAAACCAAAUAUGAGAAAGAAUUGGGUAACAUAUAGGGAGUUAUUAAUGGAAGUGGAACAGCAAUAACAAUUUAAAAAAUUCGAAGAUAUAAGAGACCUUCUAACAGAUUGGUUACAGUAUCACCAGUUAAAUGAGGUUUUUAAAAUAGAUAAGAGAAAGGGUUUUGCAAAUGAAAUAUUGAGGUUUGAGAAGGAAUUGUUGGAAAACAACAUAAAACUACUUUCACAAUUUUUUUUUUUUAAAUUAAUGCCAUUUUGCUGAAUAAAAAAAUCCUCUUAAUACUGCCUUACUGGUGUCCCAAACUAUUUUGCUGUCCAUUCCUUUAUUUAGGUUGAGUUCAAAAAAUUAUUUUAGCGUCAGUUUGGCCUUUUGCAGGAUCUUAUCAUCGAUUAAUAGAUUCUCAUUUAGUCUCCAUCUCAUUGGUAGUUUUCCCUCUUUCUUUAACCAAACUGAGACUGCAUUAUGAUCCAAAAUAGUUUUAGGUUUUAUUUCAGCUUUGCUAACUCUCAGUGUUAAUUCCUUAGUUAUCCAAAUGGCAUUUAUCCUUCCCGCUGAGUUAUUGGGUCUGAAAUAUGGGUAUAUUCUCUUUUAGUUGGGUGUUUUGUUCUCCAUGCAUUGUAAAUGUUUAAAGUUUCUGUCAUUCAAAAGAAGAGAAGUAGUUUUGAUUGUUUGUUUUCUGUUUUUCUCUUUGUUCUAUCCAUCUCUGGGACAGGCACUCCAUUUAAAUCACCUAGGAGAAUUCUCUUUUCUCCCACAUAUUCUGCUGUUGUUUCCUCAAGUAAUUGGUGAAAUUCACUUUUUUAAAAUUUGGGGCGUAGAUACCAAUAAUUAUGAAUUUUUCUCCUUGGGCCAAAAUCUCGAUAAUGACUAUCUUUCUUUCUGGAUAUUUAAAUAACAGCAUGAGCUGUGGUUUAGCAUAAAUCACUAUGCCCCCUUUUUGUUUUUUAUCUGAGAAAACAAAUUCUAGACCUAGUUUCUUAUUAGAGAGAACUCUCCUGUGCUUCUGUAUGACAUGAGUUUCUUGCAAACAUAUCAAAUCUAGUUUUUGCUUAUUUAAAGCAUGCUCCAUCUUAAUUCUUUUUGCCUUGUCAUUUAGUCCAUUCACGUUCCAUAUUAGAAUUUUUAAAUCCAUUGGGAGCUCGAAGGCUGUUCGUCCAGAGGCAAGCAGCAGCCAUUCAGAAGUCCCAUAACUCCAUGUAAAUUAGCAAAAAUGUAUGGAACAGGUUUUAACAUUUGCUAGAAAUGUAAAGAGAAAGAAGUCAACUUUUAUCAUAUGUAGUGGAAUUGUAAAAUAAUGAAAGAGUUCUGGGAAAUGAUAUAUAAUGAACUAAAAAAACAGUUUAAAAUGGCAUUUGUUAAAAAACCCAGAAUCUUUAUUAUUAGGAAUUAUAGGUGCAGAAAAACCGAAGGUGCAGAAAAAACAUUUUAUGUAUGCAAUGAAAGCCAUGUGAAUGAUUGUGGCCCAGAGAUGGUAAUAUGAUAAGGUCCCUACAAGAGAGGAAUGACAAACUAAAUGGAUGGACUAUGCUGAGAUACAAGAAUGACUGGGAAAAUCUGAAACCACGAAGACCAAGACUUCAUUAAAGAAUGGGGGAAAUUCACAUUGUAUUUGGAAAAACACUGUAAACAAUUGAAAUCUUUACAAGGACUUAAAUAACACUGGUAAUGUAACAAGGACUUGAGAUACUAUGGAAAAAUGAAAUAAUACAGAAAGAUAAAAUAUGCAGAAGAAAAGGAUAAAUAUGUAACCCAGGGAGGGGUGGUGGGAAGUCCAAGAGUUCAAGAGAAUCCUGUAUUUCUUAUUAUUUCUAUUUGAUUGUCUAUGUAAACAUUUAAUUGAAAAUCCAAUUAAAAAAAUUAUUAUAUAAAGGAUGUCAGUUGAUCCCUGCUAAUAUAUGCAUCCAACCCUGUAGUAAAAACUAUUCAUCUAACCCAUGUGUUAUUCUUCUAUUACCAAUGUUAACAAGUAUUCUUCAUGAAUUGUGGGCUCUUUUUCUCCAAUAGGCACUAAUCAAUUUCUCUCUUCAUUGCAGAUGAACUGGAAAUCAAGACCAAGGGUGACCAGGACAUAAUCCCCACAAUGGAGAAGCCUUAUAAAUAUCUUGAAAGUGGAAAAAGUUUCUAUUCCACUUCAGAUCAAAGAAAUCCCACUGGGAAGAAACCCUAUCAGUGCAUGGAAUGUGGAAAGAGCUUCAAUCAUAGCUCCCAUCUCACUUCCCAUCAAAUAAUUCAUACAGGGGAGAAACCAUUUCAGUGUGUGGAAUGUGGAAAAAGCUUCAGUGCGAGCUCAUCUCUGAGUUCCCAUCAGAGAAUUCAUACAGGAGAGAAACCCUAUAAAUGUGCUGAAUGUGGAAAGAGCUUUCGUAAGAGCCACCAUCUCACUUUUCAUCAAAGAAUCCAUACAGGGGAAAAACCCUAUCAGUGUGUGGAAUGUGGAAAGAGCUUCAGUAUGAGCUCGAAUCUCACUUCCCAUCAAAUAAUUCAUACAGGGGAGAAACCAUAUCAGUGCGUAGACUGUGGGAAGAGCUUCAGUCACAACUCGUCUUUCACUUCCCAUCAAAGAAUUCAUACAGGGGAGAAACCCUAUCAGUGUGUGGAAUGUGGAAAGAACUUCAGAAGGAGCUCCCACCUCACUGACCAUCAAAGAAUUCAUACAGGGGAGAAACCCUUUCAGUGCAUGGAAUGUGGAAAGAGAUUCUGUCGGAGCACCGAUCUCAGUUCCCAUCAAAGAAUCCAUACAGGGGAUAAACCAUACAAUUGCUUGGAAUGUGGAAAGAGCUUCAGUCACAAUUCCUCUCUUACUUCCCAUCAAAGAAUUCAUACGGGGAAGAAACCCUAUCAGUGCGUGGAAUGUGGAAAGAGAUUCUGUCGGAGCACCGAUCUCACUUCCCAUCAAAGAAUUCAUACAGGGGAGAAACCUUAUCAGUGCGUGGAAUGUGGAAAGAGAUUCUGUCGGAGCACCGAUCUCACUUUCCAUCAAAGAAUUCAUACAGGGGAGAAACCCUAUCAGUGUGUGGAAUGUGGAAAAAACUUCAGUACAAGCUCCAAUCUCACUUCCCAUCAAAGAAUUCAUACAGGGGAGAAACCCUAUCAGUGUGUGGAAUGUGGAAAAAACUUCAGUACAAGCUCCAAUCUCACUUCCCAUCAAAGAAUUCAUACAGGGGAGAAACCCUAUCAGUGUGCGGAAUGUGUAAAGAGCUUUAGUACGAGCUCCGAUCUCACUAAGCAUCAGAGAAUUCAUACAGGGGAUAAACCAUACACUUGCUUGGAAUGUGGAAAGAGCUUCAGUCACAACUCCUCUCUCACUUCCCAUCAAAGAAUUCAUACAGGGGAGAAACCAUAUAAUUGCUUGGAAUGUGGAAAAAGCUUCAGUAAGAGCUCCAAUCUCAUGACCCAUCAGAGAAUUCACAGAGGGGAUAAACCCUAUCAGUGUGUGGAAUGUGGAAAGAGCUUCAUUACAAGCUUCUGUCUCACUUCCCAUCAAAGAAUUCAUACAGGCGAGAAACCAUAUCAGUGCGUGGAAUGCGGAAAGAGCUUCAGCUGUAGCUCUGCUCUCAGUUGCCAUCAAAGAAUGCAUACAGGGGAGAAACCAUAUCAGUGUGUGGAAUGUGGAAAGAGCUUCAGGAAGAGCUCUGACCUCACUUCCCAUCAAAGAAUUCAUACAGGGGAGAAACCCUAUAAUUGUGUGGAAUGUGGAAGGAACUUCAGUACGAGCUCCUAUCUCGCUAAGCAUCAGAGAAUUCACAGAGGGGCAAAAUCCUAG